AUGGCAGACGUUGUGUUUCCCGCAAUUGCUGAAAGAGCAAAAGCAGUAACAAAUGCACAAAAGGGCAAGUUUCAUAACAGAUACAGGAUGAUACAAUUCACUCCUAAUAGCCAAAAAAUUGGCAAAGAAUACUUUACAGUCAGAGCAGUAGUAACUCAUAGAGAACUGGCUAAAGAAAAAUACGAGUACAGAGUAAGAUGGGAAGGCUACAAAGAAAAAGACAAUACAUGGCAAACGCCUGAGUUCUUUAGCAGCCAUAAACCUAUUGUGGAUUAUUGGGAUCGACUUGGUACAACACCAAUUGACAAGACACAAAACCCACAUCAGACACGCACCAUUACUGCAAAGUACAUUAGCAAACGCCACACUAUGCAGCCCACACCUAUAUGCUGA